UCUCGUUCUGUAAUUUAUGUAUGUAUUAUGAAUCAAUUAAACAUAAGGUAGCUCUUAAAUAUUCGUUUAUUAUCGAAUAUCCUUGUCAAUUAUUUUCUUUUUUAUUUUUUCCCUUAAGAAAAUAAACGAAAAUAGAGACGAGACUAAUAAGUUCGUAAAUCUCGUAACCCACAUGACUGCCAUAAAUAUAAUCCUUCGUUAUAUACUGUCGCAGAUAUGAUUGUAGAUAAUUAGAUUAUUAUUUCUUAUACGUAUACAUUAUGAUACCUUUGUACAUAAAUACGUCGAUCAAAAGUGAGAUAAAAGUAUAAAAAUUCCCAAGGCUAAAGAAAAAAAAGGAAAAAAAAAAAAAAGAAGAGAAAAAAGAACAUCGUUCUAGGAAAUACCAUUCAUAUUACUCGAAUGACGUGAUAGGGAAAAUGGCACGCUAACUAAAUACUUGGAAAAAGAAUGAAUGAGAAUAGUGGAAAUUCAGAUGUGAACGUGAUCUAUUAUAUUCGAGUGAAGAGAUCCCGAUAUUUUAAUAUUUCGAGUUAGUUCGAACGAAAAGGAACACCUUUGUAACACAUUAAAAUCACAUUAACAUUAUAAAUAAGGUUACAUGUGUGUGCGUAUGCGUGUGCAUGUGCGUGUGUUUAUACACGAUUUACAAUACGUACUUUAGUCGAAAGUAACGUUUUAUAUUAAUUCCACACUCAUACUUCUUUCUCUUUUACAUAUUAACUGCACUUGCUCGCUAGAUCAAGCAAGGUUUCUUCGUUCGUUUAAGGCAUCGUUGUCGAUCAAGUCAGAGUGUUUGUGGGAGUGUCAAUAUUAAUCAAGUGUUCUAACAGUCACGAAGCAGAAGCGAAAUGAUCGAUAUAGACGAAUGUUAUAAUUCAGCGAGUGAAUUAGUUAUGUUAGCAGGCGAGAUAAUACAAAAUUCUAUCAACAAAAAGAAAACUACGCAAUGUAAAAGUAUUGAUUGGGAUCUUGUUACUGAGUAUGACCAUAAGAUAGAAAAUGAAAUAAUCAAACAAUUAACUCAAAGAUUUCCAUCUCAUAAAUUUAUUGGAGAAGAAAGCGUAGCAAAGGAUGGAUUACCAAAAUUGACAAACGAUCCAACAUGGAUAAUAGAUCCUAUAGAUGGCACUACAAAUUUUGUACAUCAAUUUCCACAUACGUGCAUUUCCUUAGCUCUUUUAAUAAAUAAAAAAGCAGAGAUAGGAAUAGUUUAUAAUCCUAUCAUGAAACAAUUUUUUUCUGCGAAAAAAAACUGUGGAGCAUUCCUUAAUGGAAAACCGAUACAGACAUCUCAUAUACAAAAUUUAUCUGAAGCAUUAGUUGCUAUGGAACCAUGGCUUGCCAAAGACAGAACAUAUUUAGUCAGUGUAUAUACUAGAAUGCAUGCUUUAAUUCAAGGAACCCAUGGAAUACGAUCAUUAGGAACCGCAGCACUUACAUUAUGUUAUGUUGCAAUGGGUGCUGUUGAAGCAUAUCAUAUUGAAGGAAUAGAUGCUUGGGAUGUAGCCGCAGGCAAAUUAAUAAUAGAAGAAGCAGGAGGAAUUGUGAUAAGUACAAAUGGCGAUGAAUUAGAUCUAAUGAUUCCAAAAGUUAUAGCAGCUUGCAAUCAAUCCAUUGCAGAGCAACUUGUUGAACUUUUUAAAGAAGCAGAUUUAAAAUCUAUUAACAAAAAUUUGUAUUAAAUAUAAGUAUAAGUGUAUA